AAAGGGAAGGUAAGCGAGGCUAUGGCGGAGGAAGGAACAAAUACCAAGAAGAGAAAGAUGGGAGAGAGAAGAGAGGCAGAUAGUGGCAAAUCUAAGAAGUGGCCUCUUAUCAAACCCAAGAAAAAUCUCCAGAUUAAUCAUCUCAAAGAUACCGAUCUUUUCACUGUGCAGCGUUUUUUCACAGCUGGUGAAUCGAAGGCUUUUAUCAAAGCUGCAGAAUCUAUUGGAUUUGUUCACCAGGGGAGUCUUGGUCCAACUAAAGGAGAAGCUUAUAGAGAUAAUGAUAGAACAUCUGCAAAUGAUCCUGUUCUUGCAAAUACAGUAUGGGAGUCUGGACUUAACAAAUUGUUUUCUGAUAUUAAAAUCAGGGGAAAGGUUGCUGUUGGUUUAAAUCCAAAUAUCAGAUUCUAUAGAUACAAGGCAGGCCAGCGUUUUGGACGGCAUAUUGAUGAAAGUGUUGAUCUUGGGGAUGGGAAGCGUACCCAUUAUACACUGCUAAUAUAUUUAAGUGGCGAUUCUAAAGCCAAAACUAAAAAUGAUCCAAAUGGCUCAAAGGAUUCUUCCUCAGAGCCUCUAGUUGGAGGAGAAACCGUCUUCUAUGGUUCAAGGAAUGGUGUUGUCGCUGAAGUGGCUCCAACUGAAGGGAUGGCUCUAUUACACAUUCAUGGGGACAAGUGUAUGCUGCAUGAAGCCCGGAAUGUUACCAAAGGUGUCAAAUAUGUGUUCCGUUCAGAUGUAGUUUUUGCUUAAAGAGUGGCUGCCUCUUUUAAAUGAAGCAAAAUCUGCUUUGGACAAAAUCAGAUUGGAGAGCUUGACAGGCGAGCAAGCUUGAUGUUCAACUUGAGCUCUUCCUCCGCAUUGUUCCUGACAAAACUUACAACACAUUGUCCAUCAUUGAUAGUGGUAUUGGCAUGACCAAGGUUGGUAGUGUGUCACUUAUGGCACUGUGUUUUUAAUUCGUGUUGAUUUUUUUUUUUUUAAUUUUUAUAAACCCACGACCAUUAGAAACUGUAGCAGCAUCUGCUAAUAUCAAAAUUAACUUUCUUCA